CCCCAAUUCACGUACGCUAGUUUGAAUACUUUGAUAACCAAUCUACACAACUACCUUAAAACCACGACCCUCCUCCCAGCAAGUUCCUACACACCACCACCGCAAUGGUAACCACCAUCAUCAGUCAAACCAUUGUGAACGCACCCACCUCGUGGGCACCCACCAAUACCAUAGCCGCCUUCAGACGUCUCUCGAGCUGUGUUGAAUACUACCGGCCUCCCGUCUACGCUCCAAGGGGCCGCUACAACGACCCAUCACUCAUCAUUCUCUGCACCUGGCUCAAUGCCUCCCCGCGCCACAUCUCCAAAUACACCGACAAAUACGUCAACCUUUACCCCGCGAGCCGACUGCUGUUGGUAACCUGUUCCACCCGCGAUUACGUCUCCAGCAACCUCUCGCCGCUCCGCUCGGCACUAUCCGUCAUUACCGCCUUCGUGGAUGAGUACAAAUGCCUCGCGCACAUAUUCUCCUUCGGCGGCGCUCACCAACUCAAGAAGCUCGCGAUGCUCAACGGCAAGUUCCUACCGAUCCGCGGCCUGAUCCUCGACUCGUGUCCAGUCCCCUCGGACAUCCCCUCCGUUGCCCGCAGCUUCGCAUUUGCCGUCCGCGGCCUGCCAUGGUACUACCGCCUCCUCGCGUUGACCUGGAUCUAUAUCCGAUUUGUGUUUGUGGCUGCGAUCAUGCUGCACCUGCUGGGAAUUCCGAAUACGGACGAGGUGUUCGAGGUGGACUACAAGUCGUUGGUGGACUGCUCAGUGACGCCGGCUCGCACGACCUUGACCUACCUCUACGGAACUGAUGAUGGGGUCGUUUCGGCCGAGGAUGUGGAGGCUCAUGCGAAGAUGGCCAGGCGUGUCGGCAAGGCCGUGAGGAUGGAGCGGUUUGAAGGAACCAAGCAUGUGAACCAUGCCAAGGGUGAUGAGGAGAGGUACUGGAAAGCCGUGAAGCGUACUUGGGCGGAGUACAUUAUGUGGGAUUUUCCGUUUUGAACUGGAGAAGCAGGGGUGGGAGUGAUGCGGGAGUACCUAUCAGCAUUCAUACCAGAUGUCGCCUCUGUGUUUCUUGACAUUCUUGGCUGGAUAUUUUUUUGUAGUUGAAUACUUAGG